UUUCUUUUAAAUAUAAAUUUAUUUUAAUAAUGUAAUAAUAAUAAACAAAAUAAUCGGUAUCUGCGCAGAAAGUUCAUCUGCGCUUGAUUAAGUUUAACGAAGCAUGUUUAAUUGUUCAUCAGUCUGAAAACUAAUCUUUAUAGAAAAUGUCGUCAGUUACAUAUAGCGUUUUAUUUUUUAUUAUUACAUUAAUAAAAAUAUUCAUACCCAUUUCAGAUAUAUAUGCUUCAAAAAUUUACUCUUUAGAUGUUCCACUCGUUGUACGUAAUGGAACAGGACCAAUUGAUCUUUCCUGUAUUUAUAAUAUUAAAGAAAAAGAAAAUGGUCUCGUAAUAAAAUGGUAUCAUAAUAUUGACCAAAUUUAUCAAUGGAUACCACCAAUGCCACCUCAAGAUACAGGUGUAAUAAAUGGAUUUACCGAAUAUUCUGAACAAAGUUUAAGAGAUUUUAAUUCAAGAUCUAUCAUACAUUUAAAAAUGGCCAUUGUUGAAAUGAGUGGACAAUAUACUUGUAUAAUUAGCACAUUUCAAAAAGAAGAUAUGAAAAGAACAAAAAUGAUUGUUUAUGUGCCUGAAACUGAUAUAAUUAUUCAUGUUUCUUCUUUCAAUAAAAAUCAUUUAAAUUUAACAUGUAUAGCAAACGGAGCACAGCCACGGCCAAUACUAAAAAUUUAUAUAGAAGGAAUUGAAGUAAAUAAUUAUUAUGAUAAAACUGUAAAAAUAUUGGAAUAUAAGACUAUCCUUUCUGCAAAACGCAGUGCAAUCAUAAAAAAUCCUCUAGAACCGUUACUUUUGGAGUGUGAAAUUUCUAUACCACAUACGGAUUAUAAGCGCAGAGAGAGAAUCAUUUAUUAUCCCACACAAAUGCUAUCACAAACGAAUAUUGCAUCAAACUAUCGAAUUAAUAGUAUUACUAUUAUUUUCUAUAUAGUGUUCAUAUAUUAUUAAAAUAAAUAAAUACAUAUAGGAAAUAUAACAAAAAUAUAAAAAAAAAAUAUAAAGAAAAGCUAGCAAUUAUUAUAUUAAACUGAAUGUAUAUAUCAUUAAAUCAUAUAUUAUAAUAUAUAUGUAUUAUGUAUAGUGAAUAUAAAUUAACUAAUUUUCAUAUAUCUAUCAAUAUAUAAUGAAUUAAAGAAUUCAUCUAAUUAUAGGAAUAUUUCGAACCAAAAAUCUUUUUAAAUGUCAUAUUAAGAUAGAAAAUGUAAUUGAAUAUGAGUUAAGAAUUAAGGAGGAAAGAGGAUUUAAUGUGAAAUCACUUCAACCAGCAAUUCUCAGCAAGAUUAUUAUUUACUUGCUCAUCAAUAAAAGAAUUUGUAAGUUGACAUCUUUAAAAUUAGAUCUUUAAAUUGUAUUAUAUAAAUCUAAAAUUCUUUUAUAUUUUUUAAUGUAAUAUAAAUUUUAAGUGUUAUACAUGUAUUAUUUUAUAAUUUUUUUUUAAUUUAACUAUAGAUAUUAAAAAUUCCAUUUUUGUUUAUGAAAUUAAUUUUUUAUAUAUAUUCUUUGUCAUUUAUAUAACAAACCAGAAAUAUGAAUUGCGCUAUUAUAAUGUUCUUAUAUAUAAGUAAAUUUUAAUUUUUUAACAAUAAAUAAAUUUUAAUAUUUACUACAAAUAUAAAUAUUCUAAUGUUUUGAAUAUUUGAAAUAAUCAUUUUUUCAAAAAAUUAUAAAAUAGAUAUAAUUAAAAUUAAAAAUUGAAUUAGAAAAUAAUUGCAUUUAUCAUUGAUUAUGUUUACAAACAAAAAAUCGAUAAAAAAAGAGUUUAAUAAUUCUUUUUUUUUUUUAAAGUAAGAGUUCAAAAUGAAAAUCAAAUAUAAAUAUAAAUCAAAAAGAAAAUUUUAAUCAAAAUAUGCAUUAUCUUACAUUCGAUGGAAAUGCAAUAAUUUAUAAUUAUUUAUUUUUGAUAUUCGAUGAAUAUAGGCGAUAAAUAUAUUAUUCAUAACAUCAUAAUAAAUUUUUUCAUAUAUUUUUGAGUAAAAAUUUUUAAUAAUGUUUUAAAUAGAAUCAAAUAUCUUUUAAUAAAUUAUUUUAAUUUGAUUAAAAUAUAAAAAUUGGAAAAAAACAUAUUUCUUAUAUCUGUAGUAUACAUGGAGCUUUGGAAAAACUUUAUCUUGUGACAGAGAAUGUGCCAAUAUAUGUGGAACUCAACAAUUUCCUGUUUGUUGCUUUAAUAAUAUGAAAAAAAAACAAUUUGAUUUCGGAUUAAAAGUCAGGAUGAAAUCGCACGAUAUAUAAUAUAAUUGUAUCUAUAUAUAAUUAUAUAUAAUUGUAUCUAAUAUCAAUAUACAAUACUUAAUAUACUAAUUAUUUAAUAUAUUUUGUCAUUUAUAUUAAUAUUAUUGUCAUUUUGUCAUUUUAUAUAUAUUUUAAAAAUAAUAUAUAGUAAUAUAUGUAUAUAUUAUAUUAUAUAUAGUUGAGGAUUAUUUUUAAUUGUAAUUAUAAAUAUUUUAAUUUUGCAAUCUAUACGGAAGACAUUUCGUCAAUAAACGGAGAUAUGAAGAUUAAUUUUAUUUUUUAAAUAAAAUUAUAAUUUUUUUAAUAUAAAUAAAUACAAUAAAUUAUUCUUUAUAAAAAAAAAUUAUUAAGUCAUAUAGAACCAAAAACUAUUAAUUUAACUAUUAUUAUUAAAUAUAUAGAACUAAAAAUUAUUAUUAUUAUUAAAUAUUUUGUAAACUAAUAAUAAUUAUUUACAAAAAUAAAAUUGAUUUCACGCGUCUUUUACGCGUUUUCAAUCGAAAAAAUCAAUAUCAGAAUAUAAUUCUGAAAUUAUUCAACUUUUAUCUAAAAUAUUUUUCUCUAUGAAUAAUAAUUCUGACGUAAAUGAAAAUAAUAAUAUUAAAUGAUCAUAUUUAUAUUAUCUUUUUUAGAUAUUAUAUUAAUAAGACUAUGCAAAAGAUAUAUAAAAUAAGAAUAAAAAUUUAAAAAUAUAUAAAAAAUAUAUAAUAAGACAUAACACAAACAUAUAAUAAAACAUAUAAAAAAAUAUAUAAAUAUAUAUUUUAUAUAUAUCUUUUGCAAUUUAUCAAGUUAUCUAAUUUAUAUAUAUAUAAUAAGAUUAAGAUAUGUGUAUACAAAUUAAUAUAUAUAUAUAUAUAUAUAUAUAUAUAUAUAUAUAUAUAAAUGCAAGUGAUCAGUACAAUAUAUAUGAUGUUCUAUCUAAAUUUAUUUAUUAUACUUACGUUGAUUUAUUUCUUUCUAUGCUCCCCAUGAUUCCACGAAUAGCAUUCUUUGGAAUAAUAUACUAUAUAUACUAUGUACUAUAAUUAUAUUAUAAUUUACUAUAUAAAAUAUACUAUAAUUUGUGAUUCUAUCGUGAAAUCAAGAGAAUAAAUUUGAUUUCACGAUAGAAAUCAAGAGAAUAAAUUAUGAACAAAUUUAAUUAAUAGAAAUAUUUCAAUGAUAGAAAAAAAUAUAAAUAAAAAUGAAAAAUUUAUAAAAAUAUGAUAUUAAAACAUAAAUUUAUAAAAAUAUUUUACAAGUUUUACAAUCUAAUCUUUUCAACAUAAUUUAAUCUUUAAAAUUAAUUGUAAUUAUUUCAAUAUCAAUUAGAAAUAUUACAAUAUUAUGAAAUACAAUACAAUAAAUGUAUUCAAUAUUUUAAA